AUGAGUGUGGAGUCUGAGGUCGAUCACACGAACCACACAGAGAUGAAAAAAGAGAACAACAUUUCUGUUGACUCUCAAACAAUUCCAAAUGUGGAGAGUAAAUUGGACGGAGAUGUUCAGGGAACCACGAAGACCGAGGUGAAUGAGCCUGAGGUUGAAUCAGGUGCUGCAACUGCCGAGGCCAACGAGGAAAGCAACCCAUCUCCUGAAGCAAUGAAUGGUGUCGAUUCUUCUCCUCAGGAAGCAGAAGUCCAGGCUAUGGAUACAAAGGCUGAGGAAGUCAAUGAGGCAACUGAGGAAGUGAAAGAAGAACUUCCGAAGGAACAAGAACACAACGAUGAUACUACCGCCGGCCAGACCGAAAACGGAGACACGGAAGCUGUAAAAGUUGAGGAACCCCAAACGGAAACUAGCAAGUCUGAUGACGGGGAAGUGGACCACGAGAAGAAGGUCCAGGAAUUCAUGAAAAAUGACGAGGAGAUCAAGCACUUCUCUGACGACGAAAUCAGCAUCGAGGGAUCCUCCAGUGACUCAGAUUCUGAUUUGAGCUCUGAAUCCUCGAGCUCCUCGGACUCUAGUGAUUCUGAGCUGGAUGCUGAGGAGGACAACCAACAAGUGGACGAUCUUGAUGACGAGGAAGAGGCAUCCGGAGGUCCAAUUGUCUCCAAGAACGAAAUGGAUGAAAAAGCCUUCAGUCUUCCGGAAGACUAUAAGGUUCCCGAAAAUGCUCCUCUUGAAUUUGUGGGCAACUUGACCAGCUUAGUUGAGAAAAAUGCCAUUGUCAAAGCUAACAUUUCUGGUGAGUUCCGUGUUCUCAAAGAUCAAUCCGUCUUAUGUUUUGAGGACAGACUGGUUUUGGGCCCGCUCUUUGAGACGUUUGGAAAGCUACAAGCUCCCCACUACCGAGUCAAAUUCAACACUGACGAAGAGUUCAAUGCUUUGAAAGAGAGGAAGGGCGAGAAAGUGUUCUAUGUUGUUCCCGAAUCCCAAUUUAUUUACACGGACGCUAUCAAAAAGCUUAAAGGAACAGAUGCCAGUAACUGUCACGAUGAAGAGCUUCCAGAGGAGGAGCAGGAGUUCUCUGACGAUGAACAGGAGCUUGCUGCUAAGCAGCGCAAGAAGAAAAAGAAGAAGGCUAAGGACUCAAAAGAUGGUCCUCAGCCAAAGAAGCAAAACACAAACCCCGAACCUAAUAAGUUCACAUCGUAUGGCUUCGCUCCUUCUCAAACUUCUUACGCUGGUCUCCCUAGAGUGCCUCCAAGGAACAAUCAGUACAAUCGCCAAACACCCCCAGUUCAACAGCCACCAAUACAGGCUCAACAGCUAUCUCCAGCAUACGGAUCACCAAAUCCUUACGGUGUCCCAAUAAGCCAUCAGCAGCAAUAUGCCCCAAAUCCAUACCAGGGUUAUCAACAGCAAGGUAUGAUGCCUCAGGUCCCUCAAUACCAACAGCCACAAACCCCAUACGGUUAUGGACAGCCAUACUGGCCUCAAGGACAACCACAGGUUCAUCCACAGAUGUACCCCCAGCCAACGUACCAGCAACCACAACAACCCCCUCCAAACUACCAAAUCCAGCAACAACAAAUCCCACAAACUCAACAACAGCCUGCUCCUCAGCAAGCGAAUGCAUUAUACCAGCUUCAUGCCCUCGUGGCUAACCAGCUCAAUCAGCAAGACCAAAAUCCGCAUACUCAGCAUCCGCCUCAGGGCCCCCCUCAAUAG